AUGGUCUUCACUCUUGGUCCCCCCCUCUCCGUCAUUUUGCAGUGCGUCGUCGCCGCGAUGGCGGGAGCGGUAAUGGGUACUCGGCUGUGGCUGCGCAAGCAUCGAGGUCAGCCCUUCGACAUUAGUGACUACGUGACCAUGCUGUGCAUUUUCUCUCUCCUGGUGACUACGACCAUGGUCUCGGUGGUUGGACAGUUCAAUGUGUCGGGGGUACUUAAGAAGCCGGGCGGGCCAACCCCUCAUGACCUUGCCAUCGCCAGAAGAAUCACGCAUGUUUUCUGGGGUCAGAAAGCAGUCGUGCUUCUCUUCAUCCAACGUGUCUGGGGUGGUCUUCCGUGGCCUCGCAUCUGGAUUCUCGUGGCCUGGGGCUGGCUCACGCUGACCUUUGCCUUUGCGGUCGUCGGCUGGAGCGUGUCCUGCGUCGGGCCAGUGCAUAAUAUCCUCCUGACGGGACACCCGCCGGGGCUAGAUCCUAACAACGAAUUCGAACGCAGUGCAUUGUUUCAACGCCAAAGGAUCAUUAUACUCCUAUGUUGUGCAAAACACCUCCAGCGACGUGAUCCUCAUCAUACUCCCGAUCCCCUGGGUAGUCCAGGUCCACCGACCCUGGCGCCAGUGCGUUCAUUGUCUCCAUAUCCCACUCUCAGUCCUCAGUCUGACCCCGAAUACAGACGCCUCCUUCUGAUCGGACUCUUCUCCAUCGGCAUUCUAGUGGCCGCGGCGAGUCUCUCGCGCGCCUUCUUCACCACCACCAAUCCCAGCAUCAAUAUCAUCAUUACCCUCUUCGAGGUGCUCCUCUCGGCGCUGGCCGCCAAUCUCCCGACCAUGUACACUCUGCGGCGACGCAAGCCGCGAGCCCCCUCGGAUCCCGAGUGCAGGAUGCCACCGCACCCGUCUCGGCACCGUCCCCGGCCUCCCGUCCUCACCGAUACACAGAUCAUGGCCGACUCCACCGAGACGGACACGGACACCCAGUCCGAGCGCCGGACGCGCGUGUCGAGCCAGGCCAGCACGGAGCCAUUGGUUCGACGCGAGCUGUAUACAUAG